AACUUUUUUUUAAAAUUGUAAGGACGAUAUGCUGCUUUAAAACAGAAAUUUCUUGGCCAACGAUUGCUGAGCAGCGAUUCGUGAUGGAAGGCUUCCAGACAAAAAGGGCAAAUUCCUUUCCCUUCGUUGUGGGAUGCGCUGAUGGCACACACUUCAAAAUAAAUAGACCAAGUAAUGAUGCAGUCAGCUAUUAUGACCGCAAGGGUACUUAUUCUAUAAAUAUGCAGGCUAUAUGCGAUAGCAAUCUGCGCUUUUUAGAUGUAUUUAUCGGCUAUCCUGGAAGUUGCCACGACGCCAAUGUAUGGAGAAACAGUCCAAUUUAUAAGGGAAUAACAUCUGGAGAAGUUGAACUUGCAAGUGGAGCCGUAAUAUUAGCAGAUUCUGCAUAUCCACUAUCGAAAUAUAUGAUAGUACCCUUUAGAGAUAAUGGACAUCUUUCCAGCGAUGAAAGAAAAUUCAAUUACAUUCUCAGUUCUACCAGAGUACUAAUAGAGCAGGCCUUUGGGGUUUUAAGGUCAAAAUUUAGAAUUUUAAACCACAUCGAUGUUACAAGUUUAAAGAGCACUUCGGAAGUUGUAUUGGCCUGCACUAUAUUGCACAAUUUUAUAAUUAAGCAUUGUGGGGAUUCAAGCUUGGCAGAUGCUUUUGAGAACACCGGUGUAGAAUCAAAUAUUAUUACUGAGAGUAAUCAUGAAAUAGAAGUUAUUGAAAUUAUUAAUGACUAUAAUGAAGGAGUUGCUAGAAGAAAUGAACUAAAGAUGCUAUUUCUUUCAUGAAGUUUAUUCAUGUCAAUAUUUAUUCUUUUUAAAUUCAUUUU